AUGGCGACCAACGCCAGCCACACCAAGAAGCUGAGCUCGGGCUCAGCCUCAGGCUUUCACUUUCUCUCACCUGAAACCUCCCGCAUACCCCGACCAGCCUCUAGAGCGAGCGCCACACGAUCGCCCCGAAGACCCUUGGAGCUUGACGAGUGCAUUAGGAUGGCACAGGAGAAGUUUGGCGUGAACUACAAUCCGGGCUCCCCUAGCCCUGCUCCACGACCCACAACCCGUAUCGCUGGCACCGCAGACCGUCGCACGCCGACUAUGCCCUUCACCGACAAGGCAAUCGAUAUGGGCCGUGUUGGCGUCAAGCACACGCGUCGAGAGAGCACCCUCAGCGCUAAGGGAGCCUUGGGCGCCUUGUCGCGCGACGACGAGGAAUCAGACGAGGAGUUUGCGCGAAAGAUGCAACAAUUCGAUGAAGCUGAGAAAAAGAUGAGGGCAAUGAAGGAAAAGAAAACAUGGGUCAAGCGCAAUGGCGCGUCCCCCGCAGUCCGCAAGGCAAGUGCGUCCAGCGCCGACGAUGGUAUUAUCGGCAACAGCAACUCGGGCAGCAGCAAAAGCCAAGAGCCGCGACAAGACUGGGGCAAACCCGACUCCUCCUAUUCCAAGGUCCUGCAGAGGUUUGCGGGCAACCCAGAGUCUGCUGCAGCUUUCAACGAGAAGCUUGGCUUCGAAUACGUCAAGGAUGAACAGCGCUUGAAGAGGAAGGCCCACGAGCAGGAUACUGGCAUGGCCGCUCCGCGGGCAGGCACAACAACACCUCCUCCCAACGAUGGCUACUCUUGGCAGGUGGACGACGAUUUCACAGCUGAAGAUCUCCAGGUCUCCACCAGCCCCCCUGUAGGCUACGCACGCACGAAUACCAAAAUCGAUGAGAUUCGAGAGCUGGAGCGUAUGUUUCCCGCAGAGAACAAGAAGCCAUUCAGCCCGCAGCGCACGAACGCCCGCCUCGACGAGAUUCGCCGCCUGGAACUGGAGGCCGAAGACAGCUCUCCAACCACUCAGGUGGAGGUUGCUGAUGCGCCUCCAGUCUAUUCACAGCCCUCAACAGCCGGCGGCAAUGAGGAUCGCGCCCAAGAUAUUGAGGGUCUUUCCAAGAGAAUCGCGAGCAUGACACGUCUAGAUGCGAUCUCCGAGAGUGAACCCAAGUCCAAUGCUGAGGCGCCGCCCCGGUUCAGCCCACAUGAUGCAUCGAGUCCAAAGGACAAAUCGCAACAGAAGAGCAGCUACAAAAGUCUGGACGGAGAGAGACUUCGGGACAACCCCGUCACAACAGCCUUCUCCAGUGCGCCUCAAAAUGGCGACAAAGAACCACAACUACAUCAACAGGGUGGCGACGACGACAAUGCUCUGCAGGAGCAGGAGGCAAAGGUUCAUACUCCUGCAAAAGAAGACUCCCAAGAUUUGCUCAGAAGAUUGGCCAGGGCAUCCAGCAAGAGUCCCAGCCCCAGUCCGUUGCAGGAUCAAAAGGUUCUCGAACCUCGACGAGAGCAAGAGCAAAAGGUGGAGGCCGUACCCAUCUCAACCGACCGAUUCAGUACUUCAGCUGUUAAGGACAGCGAAGUGGAUGGAGGCCCCGCAGCGCCUGUCUCUCUUGUAAACAAGGCGCUCUCACCUUCAAAGCACACAGUUGGCUUCGCCGGCAUCUCGCGUUCAAACUCCAACAACUCGGUCGCAUCUAAGUCGAGUGUUGUAUCCUGGGAUCCUACUCCUCGCAUCCAGGCCGAAGCUAAGCUCUUCGCACUGGGAAAUGAUUCGGAACGAGGAUCACUCCGUGCUCCGUCACCUAUACCCAACUCUGACCUUGACGAGGAGGAGGAGGAGGAGGAGAUGGACAAGGAUGCAGAUGAGACACCCCGACCCAACAGAGUCGAUCCUCUCAGCAUGCCCACACCGGUGGUCACUGGUGCCUUCCUCGAGACACCCGCCCCUGUCAAGGCUGAGCAGGGCGGUCGCUCCCCUUCCAGGUUUCUGUCGCCAGAAAAGCGCGGUCCAAAGGAUCGAAACCUUAGCACGUCGCCACGAGGAACUCGGUCUGAGGGACACCGGCGGCCUACCCGUCAAGCGUCGUCCAGAGACACAAGAAGAACCAAGUCUACUUCGCGUCCCCGCUCACCAUUGAGGAACUCAGUCAAGCCACCCACGGUUGGGGACGAUCUUCGUGAGAUCCUGAGAAAGAACGACCUGGAUGAUUCGACCCUGGACGAUGUGACAGAUCUGGUCCUGUCUUCGUCGGAUCCUGAGAAGCUGGUGGAAAUCCUCAAGCCCAAGUCUAAGGGUGACAUGGAUGAGCUUCUCCAGGAUGAACAGCUGAGGAGGCUGAGUGGCAUGAGCGAGGCGCUGAAGACGGGCCUAGCAGGCAUUCGCACGGCCCGGAAGGGCAUCGAACGCCUCGAGGGCCAAAUUUCCCGCCCCGAGACCCAUCCAUCAUCAGCUACCAAUGGGCUUGCCAUUCCUACCAAGAACGAUGGUUUCACCUACAUUCAAGUCCCAAUUCCACGCCUCUACCGUACUAAGCCCAAGUUUCGACCUACUCUGCUGGGUUUCCUCUUCCUGCUUUUGAGUUUCUGGCACAUAUAUUGGGCCGUGGAGAACGUGUUCUACGAUACGUGGGGCAAACAGAAGGUCUGCUACAGAGGCUCGCCAUGCCGCUGGGAUAUGGAUGAUCCUGAGUAUGGAUUUGUCAUUCCUGUCAAGGUUGACGAGUGGAUUACUGGUGGUGCAAUCCGUCCACAUGCCGCUCGAUGGCUAGAGGAGGCCCAGGACAGCUGGGCAGACUUCGAGGAUUGGUUGACUGGCACGGACAUCCGCAAAGUCAAUCAUCAGGCCAUCCGAGACUCGGCAAAGAAAGAUCAGUACUGGCGACGAAUCGAAAAGAAGGGCCUGUUCCCCAAGUGGAAUCCGGAUCCUUGGAUGCGCCCACAGUUCGAGGCCUGGGAGCAUGAGGCACAGGCGAGAGAGGCGGCUGAGGAUCGUGCUGUACUGGGAUAUAAUGAUCCAGACGAGCCUACAAACGACAGUGAAAGCAUGGAGAAAGACCAGCCUAUCUCUAGGGACUCAACAACGGUCGACUCCUCAGGUUCCUGGUGGUAA